UAUAUUUUCAUUUAUUUGGAGAACUAUUUGAUAUGACUAACAUUUUAAGUAUCUAUAAAUUAGAAACGGUUGAGGAUCUUGAAAAUAUAUGUUAAUUGCUUUUGAAAAUUUGAAGGUGUGCCCUGGCUUAACUAACAAAAGAGAUUUUCAAAAAGUUAAAUCUAUAUUUAGUACAGAUCAAUAUUUUGAAACUCAUGAACGUUUUCGGCAUGCACAAUGCACUAAAAUUGCAUCUAAUAAAAUACGGUAAAUUGUAGGAUGUGGUUAUUAGUUUUAUGAUUUUAAUAAAUUUGUUUGUUUCUGUUAGUGAUAUUUGUAAUUCGUGUAAGAAACUGUAUUAUUCCAUGAGGCAAAAACUAUUAAGGUUGAAACAUAAUAAACCAGUUGAUAGUUAUUAAUCUCCACGAAAGCAAAAGCGCAUUAAGAUUAUACAAUUAACACAAAAAAAUAUUAAAAAAAAAAAUAAUAGAACCUUAAAAGAAAUAAAAAGGUUGAAAAAUGCUUUAAGUGAUGUGCAUCUUCAGAUGCAAAAUGUUUCAGAUACUUCUUUAAAAGAAUUAUUAGCUAAUUCUGGUGUAAAUGAUAUCCAGGGUGAACUUAUUUAAGACAUUUUUGCCGCAGCUAAAACAAAAAACUCCAAAGGACGGAGGUAUAGUGAAAAUUGGAUGAUGUUGUGUCAGUUGUUCCAAAUAAGAUCACCAAGUGGAUACAAAUUUUUAAGAGAACAGAACAUAAUACCACUUCCAUGUGUGAACACAAUAAGAAAACACUUAUUGGCAAUAAAAAUUGGUUGUGGCUUUGACAUUAAUUUUUUCAAAUUAUUUAAAAAGAAAUUUUCUGUGAAAACAGAAUAUCAAAAAAAGGGUAUACUUGUCUUAGAUGAAAUUUUUUUAAGAUCAAGUAUAGCUGUAAAUAGUAGAACCCUUACAUAUUCUGGUCUUGAAGAUUUUAGUGAUGAAGUACAAGAAGAUUGUAAAAAAGCUGAUAAAGCCGAUCAUAGACUUGUGUUAAUGUGGCAAAGCCUUGCAGAAAAUUGUACCCAACCAAUUGCAGUGUUUACUUCGAAAGGGCCAGUUAAAGGCAUUGAUUUGGCAAAGCUAGUCAUCAAAGCAAUUAUGUUACUCGAGGAUGCUGGUGGUCAAGUCGUUGGGCUUACAAGCGAUGGGGCCAGUACCAAAAGAUCUAUGUGGAAAGAACUGGGGAUAUGUCCAAGUAUUGAAGGAUUUAAAAAUCAUUUUGAAAAUCCAUUUGAUAAUACACGGAAAGUUUUUGUAUUUGCCGAUGUACCGCAUUUAAUGAAAACUAUACGCAACCGUUUGAACACUAACAAACAGUUAAGAAUACAUCCAUCAAAACCAUAAAUAAAAUGGAGUGAUUUCCAUGAUUUAUUUUCAAAUGAAGCUCAAUAAUUUUUCAAAGAUGAAGGUUAAGUAUGCAACUCAGGUAAAAUUAUUUAUAUUCUUAACAAUGGUCAAUACUAUAAAACCUUAUACACAAUAGUUAUAAAUUAUAAUUUAUAAUGUAUUAGAAAAUGUCGAUAUUAAUUAAAAACUUUAUUUAUAGUUAUUUAGUUCUUCUGUAGCAGUAGGCAUGAAGUUUUAUAGAGAAAAAGGAUUAAAAGCUUUACAAGAUUCUCAUGAAAGUGAAUUAUUUGCUAUUACCUUAAACAAUAUGUUUGAUGUCCUAAACCGCCGAUUUUCUGCUGAAGGCAUUAGAAAAAAUAGCAAAGAUUUACAGGUUUUUUUAUGUGUUGCAUGCACAACCUGUGGAUUUAUGUUGAAUGCAAAAUAUUAUGUGUACUUAUAGUUAAAUAAUAAAUUUAUUUUUACUACUACUACUAUAUUUUUAUUUUAAUAAAAAAUGUAAUAACAUAUUACAACUAAAUCAUUAAUUUGUGUUUC